AUGUUUAAAAUACGUAAAGCGAAGGAUGAGGAGCCAACUGCUCCAGGGCAGGUGAAAAUUAAAAAGAGGUCAAGAGUACCUGGAGUCAUGAUCACCCAGUAUGUGGAAGAACUACCUGAAGGAGUGACCACCCCAGAUUUCACUCGGAAACCUAUUGCUAUGACUAUUCAAGAAGGGAAAACGGCAAUCUUCAGAGCAGUCAUUAUUGGUAAACCAACACCAGAAGUGACCUGGGUGAGAAAUAAUGGGGAAAUUGAUGACAGGUGCAAAAUAGUCCACGAUAAAAGUGCUGGUGAACAUCAACUACAGAUGCCUGAUGUAUCCGUGGACCAAGCUGACACCUACAAGUGUUAUGCCAGAAAUGAAUAUGGAAAAGCGGUUGUAACUGCUACGCUUAAUGUUAUUGAGGUUGGCUUUAAGAAGAGCAGAGCCAUGCAAGAAUCCAGAACAGCUAUCCGAGAGUUGCCUGAGGACUAUAAAAAGGCCUUGAAAAAUAAGGUUGACAUGGAGGCAAAAGAAGACAAAAAACCUGAAAUUGAUGAUAGGUUUUGGGAACUGUUGAUGAGUGCGGACAAGAAGGAUUAUGAGAGUAUCUGUUGUCAGUAUGGUGUCACUGAUUUUCGUGGAAUGCUAAAGAAACUAAAUGAGAAGAAGAUCGAAAGGCAGCAAGAGCAAGAAAGGGUUGUUGAGAGGCUAUGCAACCUAAAGCCUGUUGAACUGAAAGAAAGUGGUGAUGCAGAGUUUGAACUUGAAAUGUCACUUAGAGACCCUACCAGCAAAAUCUUCUUAUUCAAGGACGGAGUCAUGAUUCCUUUUGAUGCCGACACAGAGGUAAAACAUGGACUGAAACAAGUGGGAAAGAAGUUUGUGUUUAGCAUCAAUGGUGUUAACCCGGAAGAUGCAGGGUUAUAUCAAGUGGAGGUCGACGGAGUUAAGAUCUUCUCGACUGACUUCAAACUUCCCCCAGUGGAGUUCUUGGUCAAGGUUCAAGACGUGAAAGCAGAGGAGAGAGAGGACGCGGUGUUUGAGUGUGUCAUCUCAACUCCCCUGAAAAAGAUAAAUUGGUUGGGAAAGAAUGUCCCACUGGAGCAAGGGGAAAAAUAUGACAUCCUUGUGUCAGAGGAUAUGCUGAUUCACACAUUGGUGGUGAAGGAUUGUAUGCCAUUGGACAAAGGCAUUUAUGCUGCUUCAGCUGGAAUGGCGUCCUGCAGUGCCUGGCUUAUAGUGGAAGUUGACAAUGAUCCAAACUCACACGGGAAGAAGAAACCUCGCAAAACCACCAGAGCCGGUGGUGGCGGACCCGAACUAUUGAGGAUUGCUCAGGAGCAACAGGCUAAGGUACAGAAAGAGAAAGAAGAGUUAAUUGCAAAGGCGAAGGCGGAGGCAGAAGCAGCGGCUGAAGCAGAAGCAGCAGCUGCAGCUGAGAAAGCAGAAGCUGAAGCAAAAGCAAAAGCAGAAGCUGAAGCCAAAGCCAAAGCCAAAGCAGAAGCGAAAGCUAAAGCCAAAGCUGAAGCUAAAGCUAAAGCUCAGGCAAAACCAAAGGAUGAAGCAAAGAAAGUGACAAAGAAAAAGACAAAGGCCAAGGUAAAGGUGCAGGCAAAGGCAGAAGCGGGAGAAGGCGCAGAAGCAACUACUUCUCAAGAGGAAGGGGCAGAAGAGGAUGAAGAAGAGUAUGAGGAAGAGGAUGUGCAGGGGGAAGCUAAAUCUGCUGAACCAGCUGAACCUGCAUCAUCAGAAGCAAAGAAAGAGGUAAAAGAGAAGGAGGGAGAGGCUCCUGCUGAAGCUGCUGAAACUGAAGAAGAGGGGCCCGUUCAAGAGAAAAGAAAGAGAGUGAGAGCAGGCCCACUCGUCCCCGAUACAGUCAUCGACCCAGGAGUAUACUUCACCAGUGGACUGUCAGAUGUAGCUGCAAUCAUUGGUACUGAUGCAGAACUGGUCUGCAGGCUGAGCAGUGAGGAGUGUGAUGCAGUCUGGUACAAAGAUGGGAAAGAGAUAACAGCUACAGAGAAUAUCUGUAUUGUUAAAGAUGGAACUUAUCGCAAACUGAUUAUCAAAAGCUGCAAAGAAGAGGAUGCUGGAAAGUAUAAAUGUGAAGCUGAUGGGCGUAAAACAGAGGCUGCACUAAGCGUUGAAGAUCCUCCAAGAAUUAACACUGAUGACCUCGCAGAGUUUGUAAAACCUGUUGCAAUCAAAACUGGGAAAGAAGUAGCCUUCAAGCUGUCUUUUGUUGGCCGAGAGCCCAUGAAGAUCCAGUGGUACAAUGAGGGCGAGGAGCUGUUCGAGGACACCCACAUCAGAAUCGAGAAAUCAUCCACACACAGCCGCCUAGUGCUAACCAAGUGCCAUCGCAAAACCUCAGGAGAAAUUAAGAUUAAGAUUAAAAAUGAAUGUGGAACAACUGAGGCCAUCUCACAGCUGGUUGUGUUAGAUAAACCAACACCACCUCUGGGCCCUGUGGAUAUCAUUGAAAGUUCUUCAAAUUGCAUUGACUUCAAAUGGAGGCCUCCUAAAGACAACGGCGGCUCCCCGAUCACAGACUACAUCCUGGAGCGCCAGCAAAUUGGUCGAAACAGCUGGAAGAAAUUAGGCAAAAUUGGCCCAGAGCCUAAAUACAAGGACACUGAUGUGGAUCAUGGAAGAAAAUACUGCUACCACAUCAGGGCAGAAACUGAUCAAGGCAUAAGUGAAAUGAUGGAAACCGAUGACAUUCAGGCAGGGACAAAAGCAUACCCUGGACCUCCUUCUCAACCCAAAAUUGUUAGUGCUUUCAAAGACUGUAUCAAUCUUGCGUGGUCUGCACCCACUAAUACCGGAGGAACCAACAUUUUGGGAUACAACGUAGAGAAACGCAAGAAUGGCAGCAAUCUGUGGGGCUUUGUCAACCCACUCGAUGAGCCUAUCAGAGAGAAAAAGUAUGCAGUGAAGGAUGUUGUUGAAGGCAUCGAGUACGAGUUCCGUGUAUCAGCGAUCAACAUUUCUGGAGCCGGGGAGCCAAGUUCGCCUUCUGAAUUUGUGUUUGCAAGAGAUCCAAAGAAGCCCCCUGGUAAGGUUAUUGACCUGAAGGUGACAGACUCCACAUACACCACCUUAUCUCUGGGGUGGACCAAACCCACUGAGGAGGAAGGGGUCCAGGAUGAAGCCAAAGGAUACUUUGUUGAGCUCAGACCAGCAGAAAACCCAGAAUGGGGUCGCUGUAACUCCAGUGCUAUCAUUAUGACCUCAUACACUAUUAUGGGUCUGAAGUCUAUGGCCAUGUACUGGGUAAGAGUUGUAGCCACCAAUGAGGGUGGAGACGGUGAGCCUCAGGAGUUGGCCAACUACAUCAUUGCAAUGCCUCCUCCAGUGAGACCUCAAUUCACUGACAAAAAAAUGAAGAACUUUAUGGUAAUGAAGGCUGGGAACGCUGCUCGGAUCAACUUCAACUUUGAGGCCUCUCCGAUACCAACUAUCAACUGGCUCAAAGACGGACUUCCUGUCAGCAAGCAUGUAACAGUGAGCAACACCGACACAUCAUCGCAGUUAAUGAUCCCCUCAGCAGAGCGCCAUGACACUGGGAUCUACACAAUCAUUGUCAAGAACAUUGUUGGUCAAGAGACCUCGAGUGUUGAGAUAAGAGUCACAGAUGACCCCAAGCCUCCAGGCCCCGUGGAGUUGGAGGAGAAUGUGUCAGGAACAGUGACGGUUUCCUGGACUGCCUCUCCAGAUGAGAAGAAAGACGACAGGCUGCACUACAUGAUCACGAAGCGUGAUUCUGUUAAGCGUACUUGGCAAAUUGUAGCAGACCAUCUCUUCAACAACAAGUUCACCGUUGUCAACAUUAUGCCGGGGAGGCAGUACAAGUUCCGGGUCUAUACCAGGAAUGACAUGGGACUUUCCAAUCCCUCCGAGUCAGCAGUCUGGGAAGUGAGGAAAAGAAAAGAAACCUUUUCUGUGAACGCUCCUGCCUCUAAAAACUGCACCUUUGAGACGCCUCCUUCAUUCUCCGUUCCACUAAAAAUGCACAACAGUCCAGAGAGCUACGAGUGCUACAUGAGUUGUGCAGUAACAGGAAACCCCAAACCCCAUGUUACCUGGUACAAAAACAACAUCAGCCUCAACACCAACAGUAACUACUACAUCACUAACACCUGUGGGGUGUGCUCCAUGGUGAUACUCAAAGUUGGACCCAAAGACAGCGGUGAUUACACAGUCAUCGCAGAGAACGCUCUGGGCAGAGUGGAGUGCUCAACUAAACUUGUUGUUCAAGAGUGA